AUGUCGCCGAAGCUGAAGAAUUUUCAUCUUCUCUCUGCCUUCUUGUUCUCACUCUUCCAAUUAUUCUUCUUUCUUUCUCUCUCUAACCCAGAAACCACCGCCUUGCUGGCAUUCAAAGCCUCCACCGACCCCUUCAAUUCGCUCUCCUCCUGGAUGGCCUCACCCGACCCGUGCUCCGGCUCCUGGCUCGGCGUCACAUGCGACCCGGAGACCCGCCGGGUCACCCGAAUCGUGCUCGAGAACCUCAACCUGACCGGGGCGGCUGAGCAACUCAGCCAACUCGACCACCUGAAAGUCCUGAGCCUCAACCACAACCUGCUCUCCACCUCCCUCGACUUCUCGUCUUUGCCCCACCUCAACCACCUCUACCUCUCCCACAACCGCUUCGCCGGAAGCUUCCCCGCCGGAAUCUCCCGCCUCCGCAAUCUCCGUCGACUCGACCUCUCGUACAAUCAGUUCUCCGGCGACAUUCCGUUGACCAAGUUGACUCAGCUGCCUCGCCUGCUAACUCUCCGUCUCGAGUCCAACUCGUUCACCGGGACUCUCGGCUCAGCGGACUUGGAUACCGGUACGAUUUCGGACUUCAAUAUUUCGCACAACAACCUCUCGGGCGAAAUCCCUGCGUGGCUGUCCAAAUUCGCGGCGACGUCGUUUGCCGGAAACGGGAAUCUCUGCGGCAAACCCUUGCCGUACGAAUGCUCCAAUCGGACGGUCCCUGACUCGUCCGUACCAUCCAGGGACUUGGGUCGGAAAAACGACAGCGUUUUGAGUAACGCUGCGCAGCUCACGAUCAUUAUCGUCGGCGUAGCUGUUGCGUUGUUAGUGAUAGUCGUGACCGCCACGUGGUGUCGGCGCACUAAGAGAGUGGAGGGCGGGACCCGCAACAAGACAACCAACGAAUUCAGUUACGUGAGCAAGCACUACGGGCCAGGAGAAUUGAAGAAGAAGAAGAGCAAAGGUGGAGCCCAUUUGGCCCAGUCUAACGGGCACGGGCCUGGUGGUGGGCCCAGAGAAAGCGAAGAUAUGGUGGUGCUGGAAGGAUGCAGGGGCGUCGAUAAGGUGGGUGAUCUGUUGAAGGCGUCGGCGGAGAUGUUGGGGAAGGGCAGCGUGGGGACCACUUUCAAGGUUGCGAUGGACGGUGGAGAUGUAGUUGUGGUGAAGAGAGUGAGGGAGAAGAGAAAUGGCGGGAAAGAAAUGGAUGGGUUUUUGAGACAGAUUGGUGGGCUGAGGCACUGUAACAUUGUGAGCCUUCGAGCGUACCACAAUUCCAACUAUGAGUUGCUUUUGGUCUACGAUUUCAUGCCCAAAGGAAGCUUGCAUUUUGUGUUGCAUGGAAACAGAGGACCUGGAAGAACACCAUUGGAUUGGGCUACAAGGUUGAAAUUAGCUUCUGGGUCUGCGCAAGGACUGGCUUUCCUCCAUGGCUGCAACAAGGCCAAGCUCUAUCAUGGAAACCUCACUUCAUCAAACAUCUUGGUGGAUCAGAUGGGCAGCGCUUGCAUUGCAGACAUUGGCCUCCAGCAGCUCUUGCCUGCUCCAUUUUCAUCAAACAGCGCUUACAAAGCCCCUGAAUUGAUGCUUCCCAGCAGUAAAAGCCCAAGAAAGUUUACACAAAAGUGUGAUGUUUAUAGCUUUGGGGUGGUUCUGAUGGAGAUUUUGACUGGAAAAACGGCUGGUGAAGAAGGAGAGAUGAGCUUGGUGGAGUGGGUUAGGAUGGUGGUGCAGAAAGAGUGCAGUACAUGGGAAGUGCUGGAUUUUGAGCUUCUGGGAGACAAAGAAAUGGAGGAGGAAAUGUGGGCUCUUUUGCAGUUGGGUUUGCUGUGUGUGUCUCCAUUGCCUAAAGAUCGUCCAACAAUGGGCAUGGUGCAUCGGAUGAUUGAGGACAUUAGGCAAAAGGGUGUUAGAGAAGAUGGGGCAAAGUCUAUUUUAGAUGACCUUACUUCUGAUUCUUCACCUUCCCAUUCAGAAAGCACUCCCUGA